AUGUAUCUCUUGUCCUUCUUCCUCAUACUCAUGGCUGGUGUUAUGUCUGCAAUGUCCCAAGGACCAUCUCAUGUGUUUCUGUUAGCCGGACAAAGCAACAUGUCUGGACGAGGAGGUGUCAUCAAUGACACCAAAACAAACAACCUUAUUUGGGAUGGCCAAGUACCUCCAGAAAGCACUCCUAACCCGAACAUCCUCACACUCGAUUUAGACAAGACAUGGAAGGUUGCCCAAGAGCCACUCCACCGACAACUUGAUCGUAUGAAGUCCUGUGGAAUUGGACCAGGCAUGCCUUUUGCCCAUGAAAUCUUGGCCAAAGAUCCGAGUUUUGGUGCUAUUGGUUUGGUCCCAUGUGCAAUGGGAGGAACCAAGAUAGCUCAGUGGCAAAAGGGGACUGCACUAUACAAUUUGUUGGUAACUAGGGCAAGAACUGCAAUUCAAAGUGGUGGAAAACUUCAAGGGUUGCUUUGGUAUCAAGGUGAAAGUGAUUGUGGAGAACAAGAAUAUGAGCUAUACAAGGCAAGAACGGAGACGUUUUUCACUGAUCUUCGAGUUGAUCUAAACAUUCCCGACCUCCCCAUCAUUAUGGUUGUAAUUGCAUCGGCAGAAGGUAACUACAUGGAUGCUGUGAGAAAUGCUGAGAUGUCAAUAAAAUUGAAAAAUGUGCUUAUUGUUGAUGCUAUGGGAUCAACAUUUAUACAAGACCAGAAGCACUUAGAUACUGUGUCUCAAAUUCGCCUUGGUCAGAAAUUGGCUGAUAAAUUUCUUUCCUCUUUUCCUCAUUAG